CGCUAGGGGGUGCUGGUCCGCGCGGCGGCCCUGCCAGUGAAGUCAGUCGUGGAGAGCAGCUGCGUGGGACCGGUGGGACGCGCUCCUCUCGCCAGGAGCGCCAUUAAUCGCCGCCGGCACAGCGGACCGAGCGACGCCGCCGGGCCCGAGCGACGCCACGCCAGCUGCACCGCAAUCAUUCUGCCGUCCGUCAAAUUGGGACGUGAGAAAAAUCACAGCGCCCGGCCGCAUCUCGCCCGGCGACCUGGGCCGCCGUAAAAACCCGGCCGUCGCCAGCCGGCCGCCGACCAGCCGCAUUCCACGGCUCGCUGGCUCCGCCCACCGCGCUGACGUCACGCUCGCUCCGCCCCUCGGCCGCCAGACGCUUGGCCAUUGGCCGGCCGCCAGCGCUGGUUAUUCCCUCGCAACAUCUGAACGGCACAUUACCACCAAAUAAUAGAGCGUAUUGAAUAGGAGCGGACGUACAAUACGGCGCUCUGGGUGUUAUUGAAUCUGUGUGCAAAACUUACUUAUUGGAGUGCAUAUUAAAUUGUACGUGAAAAGCAAGGAGUGUGUUUGGCAAGCCAGUGCAGUGCAAAGUGGCAAAAGUGGCUUACGAACGAGUAUACCGCGACUAUCUGGAUACCAUGUUAACUAUGGAGGGUGACCUGAAGGGCGGCAUCGGGCACAUGCCGCCCAGCCACCACUCGCUGUCGCACCACGCACAGCACAUCAGCCACCCGUCGCACUCGCCAAUCUCUCACGGGCUGACUCAGGUCCCUCCAAGUGCCGGUCAGCCGCCGCCGCCGACCUCCCAGCACCAGCAACCGCAGCAGCAGCAACAGCAACCCCAGCAGCAGCAACAGCAGCAACAGCAGCAGCAGCAGCAGCAGUCGACCAACAACAACAACAACAGCAAGCUGUCGGGCUCGGCUGCGGCGGCGGCGGCGGCGGCGGCGGACCGCGUGAAGCGUCCCAUGAACGCGUUCAUGGUCUGGUCGCGCGGCCAGCGGCGCAAGAUGGCCCAGGAGAACCCCAAGAUGCACAACUCGGAGAUCUCGAAGCGUCUGGGCGCCGAGUGGAAGCUGAUGAACGACACCGACAAGCGGCCGUUUAUCGACGAGGCCAAGAGGUUACGGGCGGUGCACAUGAAGGAGUACCCCGACUACAAGUACAGAUGCCGAAAAAGUCGAGCAAAUCCUAUUGGCGGCAGCGUGAAAUCAUUUCUGGGCCAUGCUCCCGAGACAGACAAGCCACGGAGGAAGACGAAGACCCUGUUGAAGAAGGACAAGUUUCCGCUGGGAGGAGGUCUGCUGCAGGCCGAUCCGUCCCGUUCUCAGGCUUCGGCAAUGACCCGGGAUAUGUACCAGAUGCCCAACGGAUACAUGCCCAACGGCUACCCGACGUACGACCCUGCGGCGUACCAGCAACACGCCGCCGCCUACGGCAGCUACAUGGCCAGUCCGUACAUGACGGCCGGCGGCCAGUACGAGAUGACCGGCCGGGGAUAUACGCCGCCCACCACCUCCAGCAUGGGCUACAUGAACGGAUCCAGCUACAACGUCAUGUAUACAAACAGCCCGAGUCCGUACAGCGGCAUGCAGAGCGGCAUGGGCUCCGGUCCGGCCAGCCUGCCGGCCCACUCGCCCAGCAGCAUGCGCUCGGACACCCCGCCGGCCGUGGGGCCCGCCUCCGCGGCGCCCAUGAAGCGCGAGUACGGCGCACCGCCGCAGCAGGGCGACCUCAGCAGCAUGAUCAACAUGUACCUGCCGGGCCAGGCGGCCGCCGAGCAGGCCGCCGCCGCCGCCGCCGCCGCCAAGUACGCCGCCGAGCACAAGUACAUGCCGCCCUACCACCACCAGAUGCAGGGUAGCCCCGAGGCGGCCGGUGUGGGCCUCCAGCAGACGGCCGCAGCUAUGUCGCUGGCGCACCACAUGUGAGCGGCCGACGACACGGGGCCGCCGCGCCCCUAGACAACACACGUGUGAUACAGGCCCUGAGCCCACGGCCCGGGACCGGCGCCGGGCCCUCGAGGAGGCCCCGGGUCCCGGGGUCCCGGGGCGGCAUCUCUCUCGGCAGAGAGGUCCCGGGCCAGUCCCCUAAAUGACCCGGAACCGUCCCGCCCUGCGCCCCAGUCCAGCACACCUGUUAAUGGGUUUUGUUGGACUGGUUCGGCGAGAGCCUCGACGAAGUUACUGUUAUUUGACUAUGUUUUUUCCACCAAUAGCAAAAGAACGGUGCAAAUUUUGCGGAGUACCUGUCAAUUUGCGUUACCGGGCUAGCUCUCCGCCUAAAUAUUUUGCCGAUCAUUUGUCCGCUCCCGAGCCAUAGUUUGACACCCAGCAGCGGGAUAUGUUCGGUAUCAGAUGCCGUAGAACCGCACCAGUAUUAUAGAAGCCGGCAGCGGCUGAGUCGAGGGGACACUGGGGCGGGCGGCGCGAGGCGCGAGACGCAGCACCGCAGCAAUCCCAGAGGCCAUACUGUGGACAGCAGGGUAAAUUAACUGACACACAGGUAGGCAGAGCGGUGUGAGCGAGAGAGCGAGAGCGAGAGAGAGAGAGAGAGAGAGAGAGAGAGAGAGAGAGAGAGAGAGAGUCGAGCGCGGGUGACUGGCGGACCGGUGUCGGAACAGGUCGUGAGUGUGAUGUGCCCUCUGUGGGGUUCGGUGUAUUCUGUGUUGUUUGUACAUGCCAUGUAUGAGUAUUUACGCACACACAAACACACAAACACACGCGCGAACACGCAUAUCAUCUGCGUCAAGAGGUGAGCUCGUAGGUAAUUAUGUGUACAUUAAGGUUUUGUAUCUACCCUCGCGGCCGAUUGAGCGUGUUCGGAUGAAAUUAGUAUGUGUUGCGUAUUGCUGUCGUGUGCCAAGUAAUUUAACGGUUUCAUUAUCGCGUUUGUUUCUCUCGUAUCAGUUGACAUACGUAACGCCGAGAUAGCUGUCUCUCGGACGAGACGUUGGCAGACGUUAGGACCUUCUAGUCGCUCUCCGCCGCUGUCUCUCGGUCGUCGCCGCUGACGGCGACUCUCAGUCUCUCUGGCUCCGCGCCGUUUGUGUUGCUGGGAAGGGCCACGCUGGCCGGUGGCCGACGUGUGUUGUUGUUGUUGUUGACGGAGCGGCCGUCUCUUGGAGCCCCGUCGGUCGGGCGGGCCGCGCGCCGGUCCGCCGAGCCGACCCGGUCUCCUGAUCUCAGCUGUCUCCCGGCCGAGUGCGUGUGACUGCGUGUGAGCACGAGCGCGUGCGCCGACAGCGCCCAGUGUUUAGUGUUGUGCUCUUCAUGUUACACUUUUGUCGGCCGCGGCGGGCGCCUGCCACCGCCUUACCUGUCCCACACUCACCACACAGACGCACGCGCGGCGCUCUCACAGGUCGGCUGUGGCCGGCCGGGGGCGCCGCGCUACCUCACCAUCGGGGGACGCGGACCGACGGGACGACCGUGGGAGCGGCGGCCGAACCCUCGGCCGGGGCGGUGACACGUAUAUAUGGAUGUUAUGUUUUGACACGGAAUCAAAGCACGCCGCCUUUUUCCUGCUCGGCUACGGUUUGUGAGUUCGUGAAUGUAAAUACUGCACAUAUGAUGCUGUUACUCUCCUGUAGGAUGGAUAUAAAAUACAAUUUAAAAUGAA